UUUAUCACAUGCGCGAUUGUAACAAAACGUCAAUAAAUUCAGAUGUGUCCCUAACCUCCAAAUUCUAAUCAGAUAAGUUAAAAUUGUGCAAUGACCGCUCGUAAAAAUGAGCGUGGUGACCAAAACGGCCCUCGACACCGACGUCAGCAUCCUCAACCACAUCAAAUAUGAGCACUUCGUCGCGGGGAUAAGUGGCGGCGUCACCUCAACCCUGAUUCUGCACCCCCUUGACGUUAUCAAGAUUCGGUUCGCCGUCCACGAUGGCAGGCUCCAAACCACGCCAAGGUACUCGGGGAUUUGGAACGCAUUCACGACGAUUUUUCGCCAAGAGGGGCCGCGCGGGCUCUACCGAGGGGUUGUCCCCAACGUUUGGGGGGCUGGCAGCUCAUGGGGGCUCUAUUUCCUGUUUUACACGACUAUCAAGACCAAAAUACAGAAGGGGAACGCCAAUACGGCCUUGAGCCCCGGCCAACAUCUCCUAGCGGCGUCAGAGGCCGGCGUUAUGACUUUGUUUCUGACGAAUCCGUUGUGGGUCGUAAAGACGAGGCUGUGUUUGCAAUAUGGGGGUUCUAGUCAGCAGUACAAGGGGAUGGUCGAUGCUUUGGUUAAGAUCUAUCGCGCGGACGGCGUUAGGGGUUAUUACAAAGGGUUGGUUCCUGGAAUUUUCGGGGUCUCUCAUGGGGCUGUCCAGUUUAUGGUGUACGAGCAGUUGAAAAAUGAGUACACGAAACACUACAAUGUGCCCAUUUCAACGAAGCUUGACACAGUUCAGUAUCUCUCAUUUGCAGCUUUGUCUAAAUUUAUCGCAGCGGGGGUGACUUAUCCAUAUCAGGUGGUAAGGGCGAGAUUGCAAAAUCAACAUUACUCGUACAAAGGGUCGUUUGACUGUAUAACACAGACGUGGAAAUAUGAGGGUUGGAGAGGGUUUUAUAAAGGUUUAGGGACGAAUUUGUUAAGGGUUACCCCUGCCACUAUGAUCACGUUUGUCACAUACGAAAAUGUGUCUCACUUUCUCAUGAAAUAAUUAAAAUCAUAGUUAAUUAUUCUAGAGGUUGUUGUUAUUUUUUAUUGUUUUAGGAGUUAGGCCUGUUAUUUGUGAUGUAAUUUUAUUUAUUGUAUAUACCGUUGCAUCAAAAUAAACACUUACCAAACGCUCCA